AUGAAUGGCGAUACAUAUUUCGAUUGGUUGAAAAACGUAUUACCAUUACUCGAUGAUAAUUCUUGGAAUAAAUGUGACAUAGAAAAGUGGUUGGAAGAGAAGGGUGAAACUUUUGUAAGGCCAAUUAAUAAACCUCGUCUUAUGGAAUUAGUAAAUAAAAUUAAACCGCAAUAUAAUAGUUAUAUGAUUGAUGAGUACGUACAAUUGCACGGUAAGGAAGUAUUACGUUUACCUCCUUACCAUUGCGAACUCAAUCCAAUUGAGUUGGCGUGGGCAUUCGUAAAAAAACACGUGAAAAUGAAAAAUAGUACAUUUAAACUUGCCGAUGUCCACAAACUACUACACGAGGAAGUGGAAAAAUGCACACCUGAAAUGUGGAAAAACUUUGUGCACCACACUCAGAAGGAAGAAGCACGAUUUUGGGAAAUUGAUUUUGUUGUAGACGACCUCUUAGAGAGGAUGGGUUCACUUGUGAUGAGUUGUGGUGACACAUCAAAUUCCGAAUCAGAAGAAUAUUCAGAUUGA